ACAGCGCCAUCUUCCAUUUCACUCGCCACAUCCCAAGCUACUCAUUCGCUGAAACAACAUGUUCAAACGACUAUUCGGAGAGCAUGGUGCAAAGAACGUUGUAACGCUCUUCCAUGCACCGUCGAACCAGGCAUCAACCCGCGUCCUCACACUCCUCAAACAAGCCAAUGCGCAAUCGGUUGCCCACGCCACCGAAGAUCAAGCUAGCUCUCACAAAUCGCAAGACAAGGCCGAGCGCACCGAAUUCGAGCUUGAUGUCACUGAAGCUCCGCCUACCACCGACCAGCUCAAGAACAUCCUUGACUACUUGGGUGGCACAGGUGCAGCAGGAAAGGUCAUCAGUGGCGCAGAGAACGAGAGCGAUGCUAUGAGGAGGCUGAAAGCGGAUGGAGGCGCGUUCCAGAGACCACUUGUCGUUGACUGGAAUCAAGGAAAGGCUGUCGCUGGAGAUAAUGAGUCUGAGAUCAUGAAAUUGAUACGCUCAGUGCCUAAGGAGACGGAGAAGGUGUAGAGCAACGGAUGAUUUGAUUUGUACUAUACCCACUCCACUCUUCCCAACACUGGGACUAGGGCACUGUAAUUUAAUCUUUGCUAUAGGGAAUCUUUCGGUUCUGGAGCGUAGUUGAUCGUGCGCUUCACUGUGUAGUGAUCCAAAGAGACGCAAACCUUCCAGCCACGGGUAACUGCAUAUGGUCGAGAAGCCGAUGCAUACAUGCACAUAUUAAAAAGAAAAAUGGGUUUAUCA